AUUUCCUGUUUGUUGUUGGAGAAAGGAGAGAAAGGAAAGCGCGAGGAGGCGCCGCCACUACUAGCGCAGCAGUCCUGGAGCUGUGAGGAGAUUCGGGCGGUCACCCUGCCUUCCCUGCGUCCCGCCACCGGCCACUUCCGUCCUCGGACCCAUUCCAACAAUCUCUUAAAACAUGGUGGAUUACUAUGAAGUUCUAGGCGUGCAGAGACAUGCCUCACCUGAGGAUAUUAAAAAGGCAUAUCGAAAACUGGCACUGAAGUGGCAUCCAGAUAAAAAUCCCGAGAAUAAAGAAGAAGCAGAGAGAAAAUUCAAGCAAGUAGCGGAGGCAUAUGAAGUGCUGUCAGAUGCUAAGAAACGGGACAUCUAUGACAAAUAUGGCAAAGAAGGAUUAAAUGGUGGAGGAGGAGGUGGAAGUCAUUUUGACAGUCCAUUUGAAUUUGGCUUCACAUUCCGUAACCCAGAUGAUGUCUUCAGGGAAUUUUUUGGUGGAAGGGACCCAUUUUCAUUUGACUUCUUUGAAGACCCUUUUGAGGACUUCUUUGGGAAUCGAAGGGGUCCCAGAGGAAGCAGAAGCCGAGGGACGGGGUCGUUUUUCUCCGCGUUCAGUGGAUUUCCGUCUUUUGGAAGUGGAUUUUCUUCUUUUGAUACAGGAUUUACUUCAUUUGGGUCACUAGGUCAUGGGGGCCUCACUUCAUUCUCUUCCACGUCAUUUGGUGGUAGUGGCAUGGGCAACUUCAAAUCGAUAUCAACUUCAACUAAAAUGGUUAAUGGCAGAAAAAUCACUACAAAGAGAAUUGUCGAGAACGGUCAAGAAAGAGUAGAAGUUGAAGAAGACGGCCAGUUAAAGUCCUUAACAAUAAAUGGUGUGGCCGACGAGGAUGCCCUCGCUGAGGAGCGCAUGCGGAGAGGCCAGAACGCCCUGCCAGCCCAGCCUGCCGGCCUCCGCCCGCCGAAGCCGCCCCGGCCUGCCUCGCUGCUGAGACACGCGCCUCACUGUCUCUAUGAGGAGGAGGGCGAGCAGGACCGACCUCGGGCACCCGGGCCCUGGGACCCCCUCGCGUCCGCAGCAGGUGUGCAAAGGGAGGCAGCCAUGGAGCAGGCCCAGAGUGAGACUUCUCUGGGUGCCAGAGGACAGCGAGGACACAAACCGCGCCUGUGCUGCUGUGUUCUGACCUGAGCGGGCGUGGGCGGUCGGGCGGGGCGGGAGGAGGUAGCUUCGCUCUGCUCCUCUCCCGCUCGCAGCGCCCCACGCCAUGUUGGCUCCGGGCCUCCUACCGUUAAAACGGGGUCCGCGUGUCCUGUACACGGUGUGUUGCUCCGCAAAGGAUGACAGAGCUGCCACGGCAGUGCGAGGUGCUGCUUUUACCGUAGACGUGCCUUUUCGUAGCUUUCAGCCUAGAGCUUGAGGCCUGUGGCUUAGGCCAGGUGGUCUCGUGCUGGUGGGGUCUGCAUUUGCCCCUGCCCCUCCGUCAGCUUCACCUUCUCGUGCCUUCUUCUGCGCUGGGUGCGGAACAAAAGACCCCUCAAGUCAAGCCUCCUUGUGAAGCGUAGUCUGCCUGCCCACCCACUGUGGGGUUCUUGGCCGCCCUGCCCUCCUCCCACCUCUCAGGGAGCCGGAUAGUCUCUGAAGUGAGUGCCCCAGAGAAGUUCUGGGUCACCCUGAGGACGUGCUGUGCAUGUAGGCUUGGCCCUGACUGCGUAAAGCCCAGGGUCCGCUGAGUGUGAGUCGUGCGUCAAUUGGAAGUAUUUGUGCCCCUUCUGGUUCUUAUCACCGCACGCAGUGAGGUGACCCCAGCCGCUCAUGUCGUGCAGGAAGACAUGGAUGGCUGAUCUCUGGGUUUGGGGGACUGAAGCGGAUGUCGUGAGGUUACUUCUGUGGACUUGGGCCGAACAGCACUGACUAAGCAGGACAUGAAAAGAAGGGGGGAGCGUCUCUCCUUUUCCCUUCAUGGAACUUUCUAUUGAAAAAUUAGCCCCUUCCAGUCCUUCUCGGAUGAAGCACAGUUGCCAGUUACGCUUCCGAGGAGGACGGAAGGUGCACCCCCAGCCGUGAGAGCCUCAGGACGUACUGCCUGUGGGUGGGCACGGCAGCCCCCCGAGCCGGCCGCCCACCUGCCGUGCUGCGCUCGCCUUUGCCGUGUGAGUCUGUGCUGUGUCAUUGAGUGACAGAGGCAGUUGCAGGCUGCAUGCACCCAGAAAGAACUCCCCCUUCACUGGGUGGGGUUGGGGAGGCUCCCCAGGAUCCCUGCACUAAGCGGGCAUGGGGGAGGCUCCCAGGAUCCCUGCAGUGAGCGGGCGUGGGGGAAGCUCCCAGGAUCCCUGCACUAAGCGGGUGUGGGGGAGGCUCCCCAGGAUCCCUGCACUGAGCGGGCGUGGGGGAAGCUCCCAGGAUCCUUGCACUGAGCGGGCGUGGGGGAGGCUCCCCAGGAUCCCUGCACUGAGCGGGCGUGGGGGAGGCUCCCAGGAUCCCUGCAGUGAGCAGGCGUGGGGGAGGCUCCCAGGAUCCCUGCACUGAGCGGGCGUGGGGGAGGCUCCCAGGAUCCCUGCACUGAGCGGGCGUGGGGGAGGCUCCCCAGGAUCCCUGCACUGAGCGGGCAUUGGGGAGGCUCCCCAGGGUCUGUUGUGCGCUUCUGGUACUGAAGGGUCUGAUGGCCAUAGGGAGGGUGCACUGUUUGUCGAUGGGUCUUUGCAAAGUGCAGGAUAGAGCAGGGUCGUAGCUGUAGUGUCCCUGAACCACUGGGGUUAGGAGGCCACCGGAAGCCUGGCCUGCGAGGGGCCUUGUGAUUUCCCAGGCCCCAGAAUGUGGUGUGCAGGUGUGGGCCCCUGGGGGGAGCCAUGUUUAAAGUGUGAUGAGGCUCCUGGAACAGCACCCACCGUAGGCCCGAGGCCACACCCGUAUAUCGGAACUGGGCCGGUCUUUUCCUCCCGGGCCGUCAGCGCCUGUGGCUGUGGCUGUGGGCGGGACUGAUAUGGGCAGGCAGGCGCUGUUCUCCCCACGCCUCACGGCUUUGCCAGUUUGUACCCUCGGCUUCCCUGCCAUACACCGUUUCUGAGGGGGGAAAACUGAUUGACUGCUCAACACAAAUCCUUACAGCAAAGAGGCCAGUGAUGGCUUUUGUUUCUGCCCAGAUCCUCUUUGUGGAUCUUCCGUCCUGCGGCUUUUCCUCUCUUUUCUUUCCUUUUUUUAAAUCACUUCAUGAGAUCUUGAAGAUACCAAAGUAACCACCAAAGAUUUAAAGACGUGAUUUUUAUACAAAUAUAUAAUGAACACGUCAGAGACUUUUACUUAAGUUCUUAGUGAGAGAUGACAAAGCUGACUCAAAGGAUGAGUCAAGAAACCACUGCAGAGUUGGAGACAGAACUGGAGUGAAAUUGCAAAGCAGGGUGGUUUUGCUCUCUGCAGAGGCCAUUUGCGACUCACCAACUCCAGUGUCAGGGUGCUGGUGGGUGACAAGGAAGAGGUUGAGCAAGCCUCCGCCCCUGCAGGCUCGCUCAUUGUGUAGGGAUCAGAGCACCUGCACCACCAAAUCUGAACAACUGUACAUGUUUACAGACAAGGGCACGUGCUAGUGUGGGAGUGACAAAGUCACACAAGUGCAGACCCCUUAGCUCCAGCCUGCUGGGUGUUCUGACGAGUGGACUUUGUAGCGCUAACACAGGCUCCUGAGUCAGGAUACUGGUUUGCUGCAUUUCUGCAUCACUGAAGGUCUCACUUUCCCUGAAGCCCCUUGUCACAGAAAACCCAUGACUCUCGGCCAGGCCUCUGGGUGCCUGGAAGAUCCCACUGUCAUCUUUUUGCGGGAUUUGCAUGUCCUGGGCAAAGUUCCUGUAAAAGGAAUCCAGUGAGGAGACCAGCCACCCGGCAGUAUUGAUGGCCCCCGCUUUGGCCUCCAGCCGUCUGACCGGUCCUAUUGGAGCUCCCAGAAGUGAGCGAGCUUCCGCUCACGGAGUCACAGCCAGGUGUGCAGCCCCCAGGCCUGGGCGGUUCUAGGGCAUGAUUUUUUUAGGCUGGAAAUGAGCUCUCACUUGAGAUGCACCCCUCAAAAUACCGAGCGUACUGCUUCUGUGAGAAUUUCCCCUCCUUGUGUCUGGUGUGAUUGACAACGGGUGCAGCCAGUGGAAGCAGGAAUGUUGGGGAGCGCGGGGUGCAGGGGGUGCCCCGUCCCAGUCAGCGGAGCAGCGGGUCAGCGGGGAGCACCUGUCCCUGCUGCGUGGUGCGGGGUCCCCGUGGCUGGCAUUUGCCGCGCUCGCCCUGCCUUCGUUCAGAGGCAGAGGCACCACCGGGAACCCACUGGGUACUCACUCAGGCUUUGGAAAGGCCGAGCGAUGUUUUGUGUUUGUGAAUUGCACACAUACUCUAGGAAUAUCAAGAACACGUAACUGUGAAAAAAGGAAAAGUAAAAUGACUGAACAGGAAAGAAAGAAUAAAGCAGGUCCUUUAUUUUUUUGGCUGAGGAAAGCAGCCUGCCCUGGAACGCUGUAGAAUGUCUCCCUUUUUGCGAAGCACAACAUGGAGCUCUCAGAACUGCAGAUGGGGAUCUAGCCCUGCCCUCAGCUUCAGCAGCUCGAAGUUUAUCUUUUUAAUGAAACUAAUUUGUGUAUUUAUACUUAAGGGUUUUCAACGUUUCCAGAAGUCGUUUUCUUUUUUUUUUUUGAAACGGAGUCUCGCUCUGUCUCCCAGGCUGGAGUGCAGUGGCGCGAUCUCAGCUCACUGCAAGCCCCGCCUCCCGGGUUCACGCCAUUCUCCUGCCUCAGCCUCCCGAGUAGCUGGGACUACAGGCACCCGCCACCAUGCCCGGCUAAUUUUUUUUGUAUUUUUAGUAGAUGCGGGGUUUCACCAUGUUAGCCAGGAUGGUCUCGAUCUCCUGACCUCGUGAUCCACCCGCCUUGGCCUCCCAAAGUGCUGGGAUUACAGGCGUGAGCCACCACGCCCGGCCAAUCCAGAAGUCGUUUUCUAUCUGGACAAGCUUUUAAGUAGUCACUGGUGGGAGAGCAUGCCUCUGUGGACUGUGCCUGAGGCUGGCGGUGCCACGAAGGCCCAGAGCCCGCGAGCCGGUGCCCAAGGCCAUGUCUGAUUUGCAGGAGGUUCAGGUGACAGGAAGGCCUGCUCUGUUUUUCUCACUUCAAUUUUGGACUUUUUUUUUUUUUUUUUUUUUUUUUUUUUUUUUUUUUUUUUUUUUUUUUUU